CAACAUGAACCAAAACUCCACCAAUUAUAAAUCACAGCCGCCCUUAGCAACAGAGAGUAGUUACACUUCGGGCGAGAAAGUCGUUUCCUGAUUGUUCGCGACCGCACUUUACGCACUUCGGCAUGGACGAGAAGGUCAGUUACAUCAAAACGGAGCUGGUAAAGCAAGUGCUGAGCCGGAAUGAAUGUUUCCGCGGGCUGGAAGUGAUCAGCAGCGAGCUGAGCACCCCAAAGCAACUGGAUGGUUUCAUGUCGGCCAUCCAUCAGUUGGAGCUCGGUGUGCGUAAUAAAGCGACCAGCGAGACAUCUACGCUGCGGCUGCUGGUGAAGGUGAUGAAGCGCGACGAUCUGUUUCGGAAGCAAAACCUGGGUCACGUGUUGUUCCCAAACGAGAUCAACAUCUAUGCGAACGUGUUGCCGUACUUCGAUCGCUUCCUGGCCGAGUCCGGAACGAACCUGCGGGCGUCCGAUUGGUGUCCCCGGACCUACCUUAGCGCAGCGGGAGAAUUUCCGGGGUACAGCCCCCUUUUCGAGACGUUUCUGGUGAUGGAAAACGUCUCGCCCAAGGGGUUUCGAAAUGGACCACGGUUAGACUUGGACGAGGCCCAUCUGACGCUGAUGGCCGAAGUGAUUGCUAAAUAUCACGCUUGCUCGUACGCGUUGCGUAUCCGAGAUGCACCCGCGCUGGACCGGCUCGUGGAGAAGAUCAUUCCGCUUGACUUCCUGCGAAAUGGUCAAGUGUUUUUCGAGAGCUACGACGUGAUAUUCCGCCUGGCAGCCGAACGCCUGUUCCUGUACGUCGACGCGAACCCGCACGAACUGGACAGCGAGAAGUUUACCCGGGACGUGAACAUGCUGCGCACGAAAUAUGGUCCCAACCAGUCGCGGCUAAUGCAAAAAUUCCUCGACCGUGACCCGGUCUACUCGGUGAUCCUACACGGUGACUACAAUCGCAACAAUGUACUGUUUCGCUACGACGCCGAUCAGCCGGUCGAUGUUUUGAUGAUCGAUUUCCAGGAAAAUCGCUACGGAUCGCCAGCCCUAGAUCUGUCGUUCUACAUGUACAUGAACAUGGCGCCCGAGCUGCGGGAGCAGUUUUGGGACGAACUGUUGUCCCGUUACCACCGGCAGUUGAUGCGUACCCUUUGCGAGAUUCUUCAUUGCACGGACCAAGACGAACGGGUCGCACCGUAUCGGGAGGAACGCUUUCGGCAACACUUUGCCCGCUUCGCGCUGUACGGUGCGAUGGUGGCACUAAAUUUCAUUCCAGUCAUGAUGAGCGACGCAGAAGAAUGUGCGGAGUUCAGUGAACUCUACGAGGAGGACAUUCAUAGCGAAGACCUCCGGCGAUGUGCGCUGACACUGGGUGGAGAAGUCGUCAAUCGGCGCAUUACGGCGGUUAUGCGUCACGCCAGCAAAAUGGGCUACAUGGACAACAUUUAACGAUAAAUGGGCACGAAGGUCGCUCAGCGAUUGAAUCGUUGCUGAAAUUUUAGCAUCCAAUUUUACCAUAUCGUCCCGUAUGAAGGACUUCGUGCAAUUCGAAAUAUUAAUUAGGUCACACACAAAGCCAAAUGAAUCCGGCAAUACUAAACAAGUGGUCAACCUGUGAUGAAUCGGUAUUAUUCGAUAAGUAUUAAAAGCUAUGCGCGUACAUGCGAGAAAAAAAAAGAAUAAAUUUACAGUAAAAAGAUUAUAUAAAACAGACACACUUUAUACACUUUUAU